UUGAAAAUAAGAAGUAAAACACUGUUUAGAAGAAGAAGAAACAUCUGUAACAGGUUUUGUUGCUGGGGAGACUGAUUGUUAUGCCUCGGAGUAGCUUCCUUCUAUGGGUAUGCCUGAUAGUUCAUUUCUAGAUCUUAUAGGCAAAGUUAGAUCUUGGAUCCCUUGGAGCGGAAUUGAUUUAUCCGGUAACUCCAGAGAAGUCUGGAUGCCUGACAACGGUUGCAGGAUGUGUUGUGAGUGUGAAAUGCGCCUAACAGAGUUCAGCCUUCGCUACCAUUGUCAAGGGUGUGGGCGGGUGUUGUGUGGGAAAUGUGCUCAGGCAAUUGGUACUUCUGUUGUAUCAGAUGUUUGGGGAAAUACCACCAAGGAUUGGGGAGAAAGAAAAUACUGCAAAUUCUGCUUUGAGGCAACUGUUGGGCAUGAAGCUGGGAGGCAGCACAAUGAUAGAAUUGAUCAUUCUUCUACUCAGUGGAGUCCAGAACAGGCAGUUCCUUGUUUAAGUGGUGAAAAUAAUGGCAAGACCUUUCAGAGUGCAUGUCUCACGCGCUUUCUUGAAGCAGAUAAACAUGGUUCUUCUCCUCAUGCGGUCGCUACCAGCAGUAUGGAGUCAUCCAGUGGGAACCUGUCUCCAGUUUCUUUCCUCUUCUCUUCUAGCAGGAGUGACGAGGAAGAUGGAGAGGAUUCUGGGAAGCAUUUUUUUAGUCCUUCAAGUGAGUACUGCCAAGAUGUUUCUGAUAUAGAUUCAAGUAGUGUUAGUGCUAGAUAUGAGUUUUACAGUGUCAAGUCAGUGGGUUCAAGUCCGCUGGGCAGCCCUUAUAGAAUGACUUGCACUCCUAGAGCAGGCUACUCUGUACAGCAGGAUCAAAUGGGAAGUCCAGAAUAUAAGAAUGAUGCUUCCCUUGGUCAAGUGACUAUGGCCGUUUUAAGAAGGCCAGAGACAGAAUCUGAGGAUCUAGAAACCACUGAUGAUUGCUCUGAUGAACUAUCGAUAUUCCAGGACCAGUGUGACAAGAUACAACAGCCAUUAGAUUUUGAAAAUAAUGUUCUCAUUUGGUUUCCUCCUCCGGCUGAUGAUGAAGAGGAUGAGUUGGAGAACAAUUUCUUCGAAUAUGAUGAUGAGGAUGAUGAUGUUGGAGAGUCAGGUGCAAUAUUCUCAUCUAGUAGCCUUAACAGUGACAUGUUCCCAAUUAGGGAAAAAUUGCAUGAUGAACAGAAGGAACCUCUUAGAGCUGUGAUACAUGGGCAUUUUAGAGCUCUCGUAUCACAACUGUUGCAGGGGGAAGGCAUCCAUGUAGGAAAUGACAAUGAUGGUGAACGUUGGCUGGACAUAGUCACAUCAGUUGCAUGGCAAGCUGCUAAUUUUGUGAAACCAGAUACAAGCAGAGGAGGCAGUAUGGAUCCUGGUGAUUAUGUAAAGGUUAAGUGUAUAGUAUCAGGAAGUCCAAGUGAAAGCACCCUUAUUAAGGGAGUAGUUUGUACAAAAAAUAUAAAACACAAGCGCAUGACAUCACAAUACAAGAACCCUAGGCUACUUCUCUUGGGUGGAGCAUUAGAGUACCAAAGAGUUCCAAAUCAGUUGGCAUCUUUAGAUACUUUACUCCAGCAGGAAAUCGAACAUCUCAAGAUGGUGGUUUCAAAGAUAGAGGUCCAUCGCCCGAAUGUUCUGCUGGUAGAGAAAAGCGUGUCAUCAUAUGCUCAGGAAUAUCUUCUAGCGAAGGAAAUUUCUUUAGUGUUGAAUGUAAAGAAGCCAUUGUUGGAGCGCAUAGCCAGGUGUACUGGUGCUCUUAUUGUUCCAUCGAUUGAUAAUCUUCCUAAAGCAAGAUUGGGGCACUGUGAAAAAUUUCGUUUGGAGAGAGUUUCUGAAGAAUGCACUGCUUCAAGUCAGUCCAAUAAGAAAUCAUCUAAGACCUUGAUGUUUUUUGAAGGUUGUCCAAGGCGUUUGGGCUGCACGGUCCUUCUGAAGGGCACGUGUCGUGAAGAACUAAAGAAGGUUAAACAUGUAGUUCAAUAUGCUGUAUUUGCAGCCUAUCAUUUGUCUCUGGAGACCUCUUUCCUUGCUGAUGAGGGUGCAAGUCUGCCAAAGAUGCCACUGAAAUCCCCAAUUGCAAUACCAGAGAGAAUGAACACAGCUGAUCAUACAAUUUCAGUAAUCUCUGGUUCAAAUGUGUCUACUGUUUGCCAGGAAUUAACAAUUGAAUCCCAACAUGUGGAUGCAUGUGACCCAGUAGGGACAUCAUCUUAUAAUCCAACUUUAGAUGUCUUAAGCCAAAAUGAGGGACUCACAGGUCCUCUGACAGAAUCUGAAUCUAUACAUGAACAUCUUAGUACUGGUCAUAUUUCUGCCUCCUCACCUUGCACUAUUGACCCUGGGGUUGGAAUGGAACUCCCUGAUUCACACAGUGAGCAUUCAGCCCCACAUGUUGCUAAGCAACCAUGUUACCAGAUGCAAUAUGAUGACUUAAGGGAUUCUGAUGUGCUUCCUUUCCAUAUCGGUAGUCAUUCUCAACACGACUUGCUGGAAACCGCUGUUCAAGAGAAUGGCAUGACGUUAAGAAAUCAAAUGCAGCUUGAAGGAGUUCCUGAGCUCAUGAAGUCUGAUGUGGUUGAUGGGAAUGAGGUGACACGGGAAUAUUUCUCAGCCGUUGACAAUCAUGAGAGUAUAUUGGUUUCCUUUUCUAGCUGUUGUGUGCUGAAAGGAAAAGUUUGUGAACGCUCUCAGCUCUUGCGUAUUAAGUUUUAUGGCAGUUUUGAUAAGCCUCUUGGGAGGUUUCUUCGUAAUGAUUUGUUUGAUCAGGCAUCCUUCUGCCGGGCUUGUAAUGAGCCUCCAGAAGCCCAUGUUCUAUGCUAUACUCACCAGCAAGGAAAUCUUACAAUAAAUGUUAAGAGCCUUCCCUCACUGAAGUUACCCGGAGAGCGUGAUGGAAAGAUCUGGAUGUGGCACCGAUGCCUCAAGUGUGCACAUAAGGAUGGAGUUCCACCUGCAACUCGUAGAGUGGUUAUGUCAGAUGCUGCUUGGGGGCUUUCUUUCGGAAAAUUUUUGGAGCUUAGCUUUUCAAAUAAUGCAACUGCUAAUCGUGUUGCAAGCUGCGGUCAUUCUCUGCAGAAAGAUUGCCUUCGUUUCUAUGGAUUUGGGAGCAUGGUUGCGUUCUUCCGUUAUUCCCCUAUUGAUAUUCUCUCUGUUCAUUUACCUCCCUCAGUUCUGGAAUUCAAUAGCCACAUUCAACAAAGAUGGGUCCAGAAAGAGGCAGUGGAGGUUUCUAAGAAAAAGGACUACCUAUAUUCAGAGAUAUUUGAUGUACUUCAAAGCAUUGAAAACAAAAGUACAUAUGUUGGACAUGAACCUACAGAUAUGGCUGAAUUUCAUAAUCGUGUUAUGGAGCUAAAAGAGCUUCUGAGUAAAGAGAAAAAUGAAUAUGAUAGUUUGCUACAACCAUCCAGCAUAUGGGAUCAGUACCCAGGUCAGGCUUCAGUUGACAUUUUAGAACUCAACCGUUUGAGACGCUGCCUCCUAAUUGAUUCUGUGGUUUGGGAUUGCCAACUAUGUUCUUUGGACUCACUUCUUGGAACAAAGAGUUCCAUUUCAAAGUUAGAUUCGUCUACUCAGGAGGCUGCAACUUUCUCCAAGUUGAGAGAGUGGACAAAUGAACUCAGAUCUGAUCAUGAAGAAAAUAAGUUGGAGCAGUUGGAAGAGCCUAAUUUGCAACACCAUGAGCCUGGUUCAGAUCGACCGGCCGAAAUGGAUUCAUUUACAAAAUUGUCUGUUGAAGGUGAACAUCUUGUAGGCCUUGAUUUGACCUCGGGCCCUCAUCACCAGCCGCAGGACAUACAAGUAGAUGGAGUUCCAGUUGAGAAUACAUCCUUGGAGAGUCUCCCUUCUGCUUCGAAUCUUUCUGAUAAAAUAGAUUCAGCAUGGACGGGUACAGGACAACCACCAGAUGGAAACCUAGGUGGUUCAGUUGGGCUAAUAAAUCAGAAGAAUCAUCCAUCUUUUAAAAGGCUCAUGUCUCCAGUCAGAGUAUAUUCUUUUGAUUCUGCAUUAAGAAUCCAAGACAAAAUACGAAAAGGACAGAGCUCAUCUCAUUUGUCCUCACUUAGGUCUUAUCAUGCUUCCGGAGAUUACAGGAAUGUGGUUAGAAAUCCUGUUGCUAAAAUGCGAAGGGCCUACUCCCAUGUCUUGCCAAGGGAGAUCAAGAAAGUAAAUAUCUUCAAUCCCUCCCCCCUUUUCAUCUCCUCGGCUUCACUUCUGGCUAGUGAAGGAGUUAGAUUAUUACUUCCACAAACAGGUCACAAUGACAUUGUUGUUGCUGUUUAUGACGAGGAACCCACCAGUGUGAUUUCCUAUGCUCUUGUUUCCAAGGACUAUGAGGAAUGGAUGGCUAAAUUGGAUGAACAUGGAGGAUGGAGUGCAAUUGAGAGCAACAAAGAGGGUGCCACCAAUUUAUUGGGUUAUAAUCAUGCUCCAGAUUCUACAUUUUCAGUUUGGCAGUCCUUUGGCUCGUUAGACUCGGAUGACAUCCGCCAUCGCAGUUAUGGAUCUGAUGAUGUGUCAUUGACAAAAGGGAGCCUGUUCUCAGAUCCCAAAAGAUCUCCUCAUGUCAAGAUUUCUUUUGAGGAUGAGUCAUCUUCCACAGGCAAAGCAAAAUUUUCAGUGACCUGUUAUUUUGCCAAGCAAUUUGAUGCUCUUAGGAAGAAAUGCUGCCCUAGUGAAGUGAACUUCAUACGUUCACUAAGCCGCUGCAGAGGAUGGAGUGCUCAGGGUGGGAAGAGCAAUGUGUAUUUUGCAAAGUCACUGGAUGAGAGGUUCGUUAUAAAACAAGUCAGUAAGACAGAGUUGGAUUCUUUUGAGGAAUUUGCACCGGAAUACUUCAAAUAUUUGUCAAAUUCUCUUACUUCAGGAAGCCCAACUUGUCUUGCUAAAGUUCUUGGUAUUUAUCAGGUCACUGUCAAGCAUUUGAAAGGUGGUAGGGAGACAAAAAUGGAUUUAAUGGUGAUGGAGAAUCUCUUCUUUGGGAGAAGUAUUUCAAGAGUAUAUGAUCUGAAGGGCUCUUCUCGAUCUCGCUACAACCCAGAUACAACAGGGAAGAACAGUGUGCUGUUGGAUUUGAAUCUGUUGGAAGCAUUGCGCACAAAACCCAUAUUUCUUGGGAGCAAGGCCAAGAGAAGCCUAGAGAGAGCGGUUUGGAAUGAUACAUCCUUUCUAGGGUCAGUUGAUGUGAUGGAUUAUUCUUUGCUGGUUGGGGUGGAUGAGGAGAGGAAAGAACUGGUUUUAGGGAUCAUUGAUUUCAUGAGGCAAUAUACAUGGGACAAGCAUCUGGAGACUUGGGUGAAGGCAUCAGGUAUCCUUGGAGGUCCCAAAAAUGCAUCCCCAACUGUUAUCUCUCCAAAGCAGUACAAGAAAAGGUUCAGAAAAGCAAUGUCCACAUACUUUCUUACGGUGCCUGACCAAUGGUCCGCUUGAUCAUUUUUUGUUUUUCUUUCACGACAACGAGCUGUUUGUAGACAGCACAAGCGGGGAUAAUUGUCAUUAUUAUGGUUUUAAUCAACUAUCCUUGGCAAAAGGGGCAGGUUCGGGCAUUUUAUUCCGAUUCUCCCUUCGUUCA